UAUUUAAGUAUACGCAACAAGAAGGCAAAGAAGAAAUGUUUCACCUGUGUUAGAUUUUGUAAGUGUUUCUGGAGAUUUCAAUUUUUUUAGUGGUGUAUUGCUAUUUUUGGGAAGCGUUUGUGUUUUGAGAAGAAGCAAGCAGCAUUAUGUGGAAGGAGAACUCCACCCUAUUUGAAACUGUGAUCUAUGGGCACCCACAGUGCGAGACGUGGACCAAUGGCACGGAGGGUGCCCUGUACCAGCUGGGCAGCACGCUCCUCUCGCUGGGUUACAUGGGAGGCAGUGGUGCAUAUGGGGCACUGUACAUCUUCGGCUUCCUGGUGCCCUCCUUCCUGUGCUACACCCUGUGGGGGUGGGUGACUCUGUGCGGGGCGGAUGUGUUCUCCUGGAACCUGCUGCUGGUGGUCAUCUGUCUCCUGCAGCUGGUCCACCUGCUUUUCCGCCUGCGCCAAGACGGCUUCCCUGAUGAGGAGUUCCGUAGCCUCUACACGGCUGUCUACCUGCCCCUCAAUGUGCCCCUCCCUGUCUUCAAGGAGGUGACGGCAGCCUGUGAGAACCGAGUCCUCUCGCUAGGUGUCGAGGAGAACUACGCCUUGGAGGGGAAGACCCCUAUUGACCAGCUCUCCCUGCUGCUGUCUGGGAGAAUCCGGGUAUCUCUGGAAGGCCAGUUCCUCCACUAUGUCUUCCCCUAUCAGUUUCUGGACUCACCAGAGUGGGAGUCUCUUAGGCCCACAGAGGAGGGCAACUUUCAGGUGACCCUGACAGCAGAGACGGACUGCCGCUACGUCUCGUGGCCGAGGCGGAAGCUGUACCUGCUGCUGGCGAAGGAGCGCUACAUUUCCCGCCUGUUCUCCGUCAUGCUGGGCAACGAUAUCGCCGACAAGCUGUACUCCCUCAACGACAAGCUCUUCGCCAAGAGCGGCGUCCGCCUGGACAUCCGUCUGCCCAGCCUCUACCACGUUCUUGCCCCGUCUUCCACCAGCGAGGGCAGCGGCAGUGCGCCAGACCGGGACGGCGCCGAGGAGCAGGGGGCGGCGAACCCCGCGCCCCGCUCCCAGGCGGCCCCGACACCCCCCAAGUCAAGCUCCGAGAGGAACGUGGUGCCCAACACCUACACCCCGCCCCACCACAACUGGCCUUUAGACAAUGAGCUGCCUUCUGGUGAGGACUCCACCAGUCUGGUCCUGGAAGACUUUGCUGAUAUGACGGGAUCCUUUAUGGAGUAUGGGAGUGAGAGGGAUUAUUUGAAGUAGAGGAUAGGUGUUGAAGCUAACACACUGGCCACUUCUUAAGAUACGUGGGACAGUUCAGCUGGAUACCUUGCUCCUCGUUUUCAAAGAGGCUGGGCCCCACUGGCCCCCACUGACACCCCCAAACUGUGACAGCAGUCCUGCCUAGAGAACAGAAGAUCAGACAGUCACCCUGGCCUUGCUGGGGGGGGGGGUCCACAGCAGAACCUCUCCCACCACCAUCACCACACCCACCUCCUCAGCCCUCACAGGGGUCAGCACAACUGGGCAUAAAAUAUGCGUGAAACCGUGGACAUGGAAAAACUGCAGCACACAACACUUACAGAGUUAUUCAUUUAUUUAGGAUUUAUUAAGGAUGCAAUGUACCCAGCUGUGUCACUUGCAUGUCUCAUUUUAAUAAGAAAGUUGUGUUUUUGUUGUAAAACAUAUAAUUCCACACAAAUAAGCAUUGUCACUUGUAUCUUUUUGUGGAGGGGGGGGGGGUGUUGCUGAAACAGACAUAUUUGCAUAAAUGUUUGGAGUGAAGUUGCAGGUAAGAGUUUACACGUUUAACUCUGCAUGGCUCUAAUGCAAUAUUCAGGAAGGGUUUCUCCUGUUAUGACACGAUUCCUCAUUUCAGUUUUGCAACUUUCUUUUAUAGGGCCUAACUAGCUACGUUCUGUAGAUAUGGGAUAUGUCCUGCCAACCCCUAACUUUGCAGAUGACAUACCUGCCAUCUCAGUAAAUACU